AGUAGAUCCAUGAGCGAAGAAUCCAGCGGCUGAAUUUCAAUUUAUACAGUUAACCGGGACUGAAAGGAAACAUGCUGGAAUAUAAAUCAUAUGGCUCAUUUCAAACUCACCUCAACUGGCAUUCACAUCGGAGAUGGAUGUAAUGACUUAAAGCGUUUUAGUGAUUCCAGAAAGUCUAACUGGAUAGUCCCUAACAGGAGGAAUGUCCUUUAUAACAAGGUGUAAGCAUCACAUCCUAAAUACAGAAGAUACCUGCAAUAUAACAAUCUUCAAUUGCAAAGCAGUAGCCAUGGCAACCAAAUAUAAAGUCCAAUGGAAACAAGAAGCCAUGGAAACCACAAACCCUGUUUGGCACCUGUUUUUGACCCUAUGGAUUGUUUUGUCUGGAGUUUUACAAGCAACUGUGGCGAAUGAAUAUGAUAUCACAGCACGCAUCAGUUUCCCAUACAAUGCAGAAGGGCGAUCAGUGAGAGUGUUCUCGGUAGAUGGUGUAUAUAACUAUUCAACACUUCUGCUGAGCCCAGAGGAACACAAGCUCUAUGUGGGAGCCAGGGAGAACAUAUUCUCUCUCAGCCUGGACAACAUCAGCGCAGCGUAUCUACAGAGAACACUCACUUGGAGCACUCCAGACAGGAAGAGGAAAGAGUGCAGCUUCAAGGGAAAGGACCCUCAGACUGACUGUUUCAACUACAUCAAGAUUCUACUUCCUCUGAACAGCACACAUCUGUAUGUGUGUGGAACAUAUGCGUUCAGCCCCACCUGCGCUUAUAUUAACAUUUCAAGUUUCUCUCUGGAAAGAGAUGAACAGGGUGAGCAUGUUAUGGAGGAUGGUCGUGGACGCUGCCCUUUUAAUCCAGAAUCCAGAUCUGCCGCUACUAUAGUGGAAGGGGAGCUGUAUACUGCUACUGUCAGUAACUUCCAGGGAAAUGAACCCACCAUAUAUAGGAGUCUUGGAUCUGGCACUCCUCUCAAAACAGAAAACUCUCUCAACUGGCUCCAGGAUCCAGCAUUUGUGGGCUCCGCUCAUAUAACUGGUACAGACAGCGACAGGGGUGAUGAUCAGGUCUACUUUUUCUUCAGUGAGAUGGGGAAGGAGUUUGACUUCUUUGAUAGCACCAUAGUGUCCAGGAUUGCACGUGUGUGUAAGGAGGAUCAGGGUGGGGAGAGAGUCUUGCAGAAGAAGUGGACCACAUUUCUAAAAGCUCAGCUCUUGUGUUCUCUACCGGACGAUGGCUUUCCUUUAAACAUCAUCCAGGAUGUAUAUGUGCUUUCAGCACAACACAAGAAAGACACUCUCCUCUAUGCAGUUUUUACUUCUCAGUGGAGCAAAGGUUUGGCAGGCAGUUCGGCUGUGUGCAUGUUCAGCAUGGAUCAGGUUGAGAAAGCGUUUAAUGGCCGUUACAAAGAAGUCAACAGAGAGACACAGCAGUGGUACACACACACUCACUCUGUACCUGAACCACGACCUGGAAUGUGUAUUACUAAUGUUUCAAGGCAGCUGGGAAUAGAGUCAUCCCUAGAUAUGCCAGAUAAGGUACUAAACUUUGUUAAAGACCACUUCCUGAUGGACAAUCCAAUCAAAAGCCAGCCUGUGCUGUUCACACACUCUGUACAGUACACACAAAUUGCUGUGCACCACGUACAAGGCCUCCAAAGAGUUUACGAUGUGAUUUUCAUUGGGACAGAUAAUGGACGUUUGCAAAAGGCUGUGAAUGUGGCUGGUGCGAUGCACAUUAUUGAGGAGAUCAGUUUGUUCCCAGAGCCACAACCUGUACAACACAUUGAGCUGGACUCAACAAAGGGCUUAUUAUUUGUGUCGUCACACUCUGGUAUUGUGCAGCUGCCAGUAGCAAACUGUAGUUUCCAUAACAACUGUGGGGAGUGUAUUUUAGCCAAAGACCCAUACUGUGCCUGGACCGGCGCACAUUGCACUGACGUCACACGCACCCCACCACAAAACAAUUGGCAGCAGGACAUUGAGGAAGCAGACACUUCAUCAAAAUGUAACCGCACCGAGUUCAAAGCUGACGUUGAGAGCACAGUGUUACUGCACUUGUUCCCAAGUUCCCAAGCAUCUGAUUGUGAGCACAUCAUUGUCCCUGCUAAUACUCUUCAUCUGCUGCCAUGCAAGCUUCGCUCCAACCAUGCCCACAGAAAAUGGUUAUACAAGCCAGAUGUAGGCCACUUCCUGUUCCGCAGCCCAGAUGGUGGAUUGGUAGUCAGUGGCCGAGCAGGCAGUGAGGAGGUCUUCUCGUGUUGGUCAGAGGAGCAUGGCUUUUGGCAACUCUUGGCCAAUUAUUGUGUUAAGGUGGAGCCUUUAUCUGAGUCUACAACCAAUACUGGUCGGAUAGAUGCACCUCUAAUAUUCCAGGAUGUAUCGUCAGACAUCCUUUCCAGUGAAUCGGCACGCUCUGCUCAACAGCGUGUAAAGACAUAUGGCACGGAGCUGGCAGUAGUGUGUGUGUUGUUAGCUAUGUGUGUGCUUUCAUUUGGACUGUCCUGGGUAUACCGACACAGGGGUCGGAUGAAGGAGGUGCUGAGGGGGGGAGAGCAGACUGGAGGAGUUCAGAAGAGCAUAGUCAAGCCUGGGGAGAGUUUGCCACUGAAUAGUGGUGUGCUUCCAACCUCCCCAUCAGAACACAAAAGCUACCAGACCUUGGAGGAAAACUGUGGCUACAUAAUCCCUCCAUCAGAUACUACCAGUACAAACACAUCAACACGGCACAACGCCAAGGAAGCACAGACAUUCACCCAAACACCGCAGAAUGGGUUCCAAGAGAGUCAUGUGGAGAUCAGUGACAUUUGCCCUCGCCCACGGGUCCGGCUGGGCUCUGAGAUCAGAGACUCUGUGGUGUAGCAUACACAUUUUUCCACUCAUAGCUGAGAAUCACACACAAAUACCAUGCAACACUCUUUAUGUUCACAUGGUUCAGUCAAUGGGCAGCUUUCAUGAGGAUGUGAGCGAAUCAGUGGGACAGAGAGGAAGUGCAACUAAAGUCAGAGGCGCUUCAGAGGCAGUCUCUCUAAAGAGUUGUACUCAGUGUGUAUUGCCAAAUUUUUGUUAUUUGAGACAAUGCCCUCAACUUCUACCCCUCAAUCAUCUCCUUGACUCUUUGAUGUUACACUUGAAUUUAUCACAGAGUUUAUUGCAUUAAUAUGAGGUAGAUAAUAUGAAACAUUAGAUAUGAAGUCUGAGAGGAAAACAUGAGGAAGAGUGGAGAAGAUGAGGGAACAGAAUAGAGAUGGGACCAAGUAUUGCAUAACUGGUGCUGGUGCUAUUAUCACUGCCAGACAGGAGUAAUGAUGCUGCACAACUUGGCAUCAAAUCCAUAAGGUUGUGCCAUAUGUCUGUUUGCAUUAUUUACUAUUUUCCUGCCAAGGUGGAGUGCAUGUGUGUUCAUGUUUGAAUCUUUUAACCAAACGGGAAAUUACUGAGAGCUGAAACAGUAUGAAACCCUUAGCCCAUUUGCUGCACAUACAUAUUUUACCUGCACUGAACACCAGGCACUACAAAGCAAAGUGCUUGUUAGCAUCACAAAUCUUGGUUACUUCCUCAUAAACAUUAAUUGUCUUUUUAGUGGGGGGUGUCCCCCCCCUCAAACACUAAAGCGAUUUCUUAGCAAUUUUGGGAAAUUUGUAGGUUAGUGUUUUUUGUUCUGUGAUUCAAAUGCAUCAUAAAAGUUUUCAUGUUAGUAAAAUGCCUGGUGUAAGAUGGUGGUAUGAUGUGUAUGGAAACAUUAGAUGUGGAAUAAAUCAAAGAAUGAAUAAUGACAAGGUUUCUUGAUACCUUAAAAUGUGCAUUUGAAGAGUUGUAUGAAAAUGCAAAGCACAAGUCAAAGAAAAAUUAUGUAUUUCAACACACAAACAGGUUAGUGAUAAUUGUGUUCGGUAAAGCGUAGUGCAGUGGAUGUGCACAGUAAAAAAAAAGGAAAAAAAGACAAUGAUACUGUAUAAUAAUGCAGUAUAAUAAAAUGUAAAAAGUGAGAAAAGAGCAGUAAAAUUACGUGUGGGUGCAGUGGACAACAGGUACAGGUGGUGAAAAGCUCUGAUUCCAGGGUAAAAAAAGCUGCAAAUCUGUAUUAUUAUGAAAAAAAGAAUGUUAAACUUAUUACACAUGCCCUCUCUCACACAAACACCCAUGCACUAUUUUCAUCCAUGCUCAUAAAGACUUCCAUUCCACUUAAGCAAAAAUCUGUAUAACCUCUAUUAACUUAACUGUGAAAUGUUUGAUGUGGUUUAAUUGUUAUACAUUCCACUCUCUUUUCAGCUCACAAUUGUGUAUUGAAUGACAAAUGUAAAUUUAGAUUGUGAUCUUUUAUACUAUAUUGAUACUGUUUUGCUGUUGUGUUUUACAUUGUACAUUCGAGCACUUUAUUUUAUUCUUAUCAGUAUUUGCAAGCUGUAGAUGUGGUAUGUCACUGUCAGCAUCCUGGGAUAGUAUUGUAGUAUUGUAAGGUUUGCAUAUUAUUGGAGUGGUGAAUGAUCAUUGAGUAGACCUGAAUGAGUGCCUUCUCCACAGUUUCAAGUGCAAAAUAAAGUUUUGCA